CGACGUGCGAACAGGAAACACCACCAACCCGACUACCUACUGUGGUACAAUUGACAAGUCUCGUCUAUGGACAUUGUGUCGGCGCCACACGGGAACGGUCUCGGUUCUUGUGUGAGACAGGGUCAACCACUGCUGUGUCACCUUCCCGAGCCAUGCAUCAAAGGCCGGGCCACCAGGAUGUUUCUCGCGAUUUAGACCCCCAUUCUCACUUGGCCUGCGAGUACGGAUACAGGGCUGAUAUCCACUGCCACAUGCGCUCAACCCCAUGCUUUCAGUUCCAGAAAUCGUCGAUCUGGAUAUCCACUGUAAGGUCACACAGUUCCAUCCCCUCCUCCUCAAAAGAUGACUCUCACCAUACAGCCGGGCUCGCGAGGACCGGUCAAUUUCCGUCACGCCAAAGCAAAAGAAACCAGCGUUCCAGGCAUAGGAAGCAGCCUCCAACGCGCCAAGUCGAGCCCAGCCAAGUGAACAUGAGCACGAGUCCGGGGAAAAGAAGGCCGCCCAGCCCUGUGGCGGUUGCAUUCUCCGAGCCUGGAGGACGCGUUUCCCUGCCCGCUGAGCCCAUUGGCUGAGCUCUUCAUCACGGAGAGACAAGCCUGUCCUCUUUCCCUGGCCGCAGGCACCCGUUGGUCAACAGACGCCCCAAUCGAGCCGCGAUACACGCCGAGAUGAAGGGCGUUUCUUGUGGAGAAUUAACAACUCAAGCCACCGGCCUCUCCCCUUCGAGGACGACCUUGGCCCUUUUCUCUGCUGGCGGGAAGGACCUCCCA